UGAAACCGUCGCCCGCAUUGGAUCCGUAUGGACGCCCUGCGGGCUGCAGCGGAGCUGGAAGCUGCUGGGAAGGAGCAACGAGAAGCACUUCCCUAUUUCCGCUCUGCUUUGGCGCUCCUCGAGCCCUUGGAGGCAGGUGAAGACCAUCGAGUCCUUGCGGCCUUGUUGCGCUUGCAUGUUUCCAUCUCGCGCUGCUUACUGGCACAGAAGCCUUAUGAAGCCUUGCGGCAUGCCGCGAAGGCACUGCAGCUGCCGCCCCCCUGUCUGAUCGGCGGCCGGGCGACGCCAGAUGAGGUGGCCAGUGCCCAUGUGCUGCGCGCGCGGGCGGUGUGUGCCAUGGAAGAGGCCGAUGAGAUGUACUACGAGGAUGAAGGUGAGCGUUCUGCGCUGCUGAAUGACUUGCUCCGGGGGUUGGAAGCUGUGGCACAAGUCCAGCCGGCUUCAGAGGUGAAGGAGCUCAGGCGCCGUUUGACUCACCUGGGCUCCGCUCGAGGCACCAGACCCCGGUGCAACAGUGAGAUCUUUGCUCAGCCUCAGAGGUCCUGGCCCGGUGCGGGAGCCGCGGCGCCCAAAGGGCCUAAAGUCAGCGAGCCGGCUGGCUCCGCGCUGGCGGCGGCCAGGCGGCGACGUAGUACCUCUGCACCGCGGCUGAACGCUCUGAAAA